GUGGUCUCUGUUCGAGAGGAGAGAGUAAUCAUCCAAAAAUCGAUCUGGAGCGAGCAGUGGUCUGUAAACUCGAGCUCUGAGAGUGCUGAAUCUGUUUGGUGGAUAUCUCGAGUUAUACCAAUCCAAUUAAGGCGUGUGAGAUACCAAAAGAAAGCUCUCAAGACGAGGAAUCCGUGAAGGUCUGAUUUGCAUCAAUCGGAGUAGUGAAAGGCUUCCAAAUCGUCCGAGCAAAACACAACCUCGCGGAAACGGAUCUACUCUUCUAAAGAGACGAGUUUACCGGAAAACACCCAUUCUAGGGGCUGUUUUCGUAUCAACGUUUGAGGGUGAGCUAGCACUUUGGGGAGGCGGUUUAACACUCAUAUUUAAGCAAGGAAUCAGUUCUUAAUCCACCGUGGCCAAAGCUUUGACCAUUGGAUCAAGAAGGAAAAGUUUAAAGCUCAAUUAAGAUGCAUCCUAGAAAAAGGAGUGGAAAAUCUAAGAAAAAGCAGACUCAUGCAAGUGAUGAUAUACAUGAUGGUGUUGGGGAUAAGAGAGCUUCUAAUGUCCAACCAUUUGAUGAAGCCAAUCUAGUAGAUAUUAACAUGGUUUGUGCAGAGGAUUCAUCAUUUGGAAGUGACGUGCCUAUUGUUGUGUCUGUAGAGGAGAUUGGUAUGUUCACACAACCGACACAAGACACCCAAGGCACUACUAUGGUCACUAAAGAAGGGCAAGAGGGUGAACUUCUGAAUCAGCAAGAGAGUGAAGAAGAGUGUGAAGAAGUGAAUCAAGAAGAGAGUGAAAAAGAGAGUCCAGAAGAGAGUGAACAAGACUACAAGAGAAUCAAGAAGAGAUUGAAGAAGAGAAUCCAGAAGAAAUUGAAGCAGAGAAUCCAGAAGAGAUUGAAGAAGAGAGGCAAAAAGGGAUUGAAGAAUAGAAGCAAGAUCAAAGUCAUGAAGAGAUUGAAGAGGAGAGGCAUGAGGUUCAAACGAGGACUACACAUGGGAUCAGGAUUAGCUUUGGGCCACCCCCUUGUGUAAAACCCAAACUGAAAAAGCUAGAAGUAAAAAAAGGACCAAGAUAUGCCACUAGAUAAAAAACAACAUUCAAAUCUGUUUUCUUUGGGAAUGAUGAUGUCCCAAUUGACUUAGAGUAGGGGUUGAUGAACUUCAUGUAAUGGUUGAUGCCCCAUUUUGUUUUCUGACUUAGACUAAUGGUUCAUGCCCCAAUCUGUUUUCUUUGAGAAUUAUGAUGCCCCAAUAUUUUUGGUGUUAUGUAUUGCUGUUAAACACUUAUACAUUUGGCCUCUUAAUGGUUGUAAUUUGGUUGUCAUGUAUGAGGUACAUGUUUUUGUUAGAUGUUUGUGUAGGGUGA